AUGCCUCCACCUCCUACAGGGGUGGGAGGCCCCAGUGGUAGUGACACUAAUGUGAACAUUGCUGUGUAUGAUUUAACAUUUAGUGAAGAUUCUCCUCAAUGUGAAAUAAAUUCCAGCGUCAACUCGAGCGAAUACAACGCUGCGAUAACAGAGGACCGGCGUACCAUCUCAGAAAAAAAACAACAACAACAACCACGACUGUUUGAGAUUGAAAACGCUAAGUAUUACUCAAAUAAUAAUAUUUAUGUGUUUAUUGAGAAGACCAACAGCCAAAAUAUUGGCAGACUACAUCCGCUUCACGUAGGACAUAUACUCCACAAAAACCUUAAAUUGAAUGAUAAAAUAACGACUAUUAGCCGCGUCGGCUUAAAUCGUAUAAAAGUAGGUCUCAAAAAUUUGAACGAUGCUAAUCACUUAGUUUGUAACACUGAACUCGCAGCAGAGAAUCUAAAAGCAUACAUCCCAAAUAAUUUAUUAAUAAGAAAGGGUUUAAUCAAGGGUGUUGAUACUCAGUUUAGUGAGGAAUAUUUAAAAGAAAAUAUAAUUUCUGAUAUAAGCGUACUGGAGGUCAAGCGUCUAAAGAGAAAAAUUGUUAGUGAUGGCACUCAUCAGUUAGUUCCUAGGCAAAUGGCAGUUGUCACAUUUAAUGGCAAUAUGCUUCCCAACGAACUUUAUAUAAACAGCGUGCUAUUUCAAGUUGAGCCAUUUGUACAAAGGGUAAUACAAUGCUAUAAAUGCUUGCGUUUUGGACAUGUUUCUGGACAGUGUCGCAGUACUCACUCCAGGUGUAUUAUAUGUGGCCAAGUCAAAGAGGAUGAACACACAUGUAAUGAAACCAAUACUUACUGUCUUUUCUGUAAAAACUCUUCGCACAGAUCCACAUCAAAAGAUUGUCCUUCGUUUCAGAAGCAACAAAAAAUUAAAAAGACCAUGGCCACAUCAAAUCUACCCUUCACAGAAGCCAAAGAAUUUAUAGAACACUCUUACUCAAACCAUGUUUCAACCUCCAAUAGAUUCCAAGUAUUGGAAAAUAUCAACGAAGUAACCUUCCCACAUCUCCCUAGCCGCCCUCAAACAAUUUCUCCUAGCAGGCAACAUGUUCAUCAGAUGACAAAUACUGGACCUUCCUCUAUAGCAUUUAGUGCAAAUAAAAAACGUAAAGCUCAAUCACCCCCCAUAAAUUUUCCGACAGAGAAACAUUUUUUUAGUGCAGGACCUCCUAAUCCAGUGAUGCAGUGGAAUGCACGUUCCGCUGUGUCCAAUCGAAACAGUUUGAAUAUGUUCCUUUCAAAAAAUGAUAUUGACGUAGCCCUAGUAAGCGAAACUUGGUUCAAGCCAAACGAUACUAUCAGAUAUCAUGGCUACAAUAUUGUGAGGAGGGACAGAAUUGAUGGCAAAGCUGGUGUAGCCAUUUUUGUGAAAAAAGGUAUAAAAUUUUGUGAAAUAUCAUUUUCGAAUAAUUUUAAUGAUGAUAUACUUGUAUGCGGGAUAAAUCUUAUUAACCAAACUUUUGAUUUAACUUUGUUGUCUAUAUACAGGCCCCCGAACAUCAAUUCAACAGCUGGUGAUUGGGACACAAUCUUCUCUAAUACCAGCAUAUCUUCUAUUAUUGGUGGAGACUUUAAUGCUCACUCUCAUCUCUGGGGAUCCUCAUUUAAUAAUUCCAUAGGUUAUCAGUUAAUAAAUAUAUGCGAAUCAAAGAAUUUAGUCGUUAUGAACGAUGGUUCGCCUACUAGGCUUGUAGCUCCAAAUCAGCAGGUAACUGCUCCAGAUGUUACAAUCUGCUCCCGAGAUAUUGCACAAAUAAGUCAUUGGCAACUUACUUCUGAUACAUUAGGUUCGGACCAUUUUCCUAUUCUUAUGUUUAUUCCUCUAUCUUUCCAAGUAUAUGACACAAUCUAUCCUAAGUAUAAGUGGAAUAUGAAAAAAGCCAAUUGGAGUUUGUAUCAUGACUUAUUGGAAGAUAUUUUCGAUUCUACUCCAGAAUUUUACUCCACUCAAAGUAAAUACGAUUAUAUCAUUGAAAAGAUCAAUGAUGUUAGCGAGAUCUCCAUCCCUAUACUAAGGCCAUUUAAAGCUAAGAAACGGCCACCCCCUCCUUGGUGGGAUGAACAGUGUAUAAGUGCCAUAGCACAAAGGACCUCAGCUUUAGCAACGUACAAACAGGACAGUUCUUUAGCCAACUUCGUCCACUGCAAGAAGGUAUUUGCUGAAACAAAGAAACUCUUCAAACAAAAAUCAAAAAAUAGCUGGAAAGCAUGGAUAUCUAAGUUGAAUAAAAAUACGUCAUCAACCGAUCUCUGGAAACAGGCUAAAAUAAUCAGAAGGAUACCCAUGGGAAAGAAAGCAUCAACUGAUUCUGAUUGGGCAGACGACUUCCAUAGAAAAUGCUCUCCGUCCUUCGUGGCUGCAGAAGUCGAAUCUCCCCCACGUUUACAUCAAGACAACUUUUUCAGCAGACCUUUCAACAUAACGGAACUAAAUCUUGCAGUUAAAAAUACCAGAAACACAUCACCUGGCUGCGAUGAUAUCACAUAUCCAAUGCUCAUGAUCUGCAAGGUAUGGUGGGGCUCCGAUCAAAAGAUCGCAAUAUUAUUCUUCAGAUCAUAUGUUAGAUCUGUCCUUGAUUAUGGCAGCAUAUUCAAUGGCUCCGCCAGUAAAAAUCUCCUUCAUGUGCUAGAUAUAACUCAGAAUAAAUUUCUCAGGAAAUGUCUUGGAGCAAUGCAAUCGUCACCAGUCGGACCUUUGCGAGCAGAAGCACAGGAGCCUCCUUUACAUCUUCGAAGGCAAAUGUUAUCUAGCAGAUUUCUACUUAAGGUACAACACGCGGACAGCCACUUACUGAGCAAAAUUCAUCGUCUAAACACCAUGGACUUGACAUGCAAAUAUUGGACCAAAAGAAACUCCCCGCCUCUAUGCAGUGCCAUACAAUAUGCCAACAGAAUACAACUAACCUCUCAUAGCCAACGAUUGAUCCAAGAAGCUAUUGCUAUAUUCCAAGCCCUACAGUUUGUAGAGGACCACAAUCUUGGUAACACGUCUAUAUUCUCGGACUCCCUCUCUGUUGUCAGUAGUUUAAAAAACGGCAGUCCUUUCGAUAUGCAAAAUAUACACUUAUUCAACAUAAGAUGGAAAAUAAGUCAGCUAAAACAACGAGGCCUCAGGAUUACACUAGUUUGGGUGAAGGCCCACUCUGGGAUAAUACACAACGAAAAAGCUGACGAUCUAGCAAAGAUGAGUAUAACAUCUGGAACUAAGCUGGACAUACCCUUAAGCAUGCAAGACAAUCGAGUGAUACUUAAAGAUAAAACAAUGGCGUUUUUUUUAUACUGCAACUACCACGAAGAGAUAACACCCAUGGGAUACCUUGAGGCUGUAGGGGUAUACAGGAGAAAGGGGGAACGCCGCACGGACUCUGGCGAGGGAACCCGUGUGUAUGCAACAUGCACACCUUCUGGCCCCGCCUACGAGAUCCGCCGGAUGGUACCUCUGCGUUCGACAGUCAGAGACCGUCUACCACCUACGGACAAUUAA